CCGCCCCCGCCGCCGGGAGCCCCGGCUGGAUCGCAGGACACCUGUACGUCGUGCGGCGGCGGCUUCCGGCGGCCGGAGGAGCUGGGCCGGGUGGACGGCGACUUCCUGGAGGCUGUGAAGCGGCACAUCUUGAACCGCCUGCAGUUGCGGGGCCGGCCCAACAUCACGCACGCCGUGCCUAAGGCCGCCAUGGUCACGGCCCUGCGCAAGCUGCACGCGGGCAAGGUGCGCGAGGACGGCCGCGUGGAGAUCCCGCACCUCGACGGCCACGCUAGCCCGGGCGCCGACGGCCAGGAGCGCGUCUCCGAAAUCAUCAGCUUUGCGGAGACAGAUGGCCUCGCCUCCUCCCGGGUCCGCCUCUACUUCUUCGUCUCCAAUGAAGGCAAUCAGAACCUGUUUGUGGUGCAGGCCAGCCUGUGGCUUUACCUGAAGCUCCUGCCCUAUGUUCUGGACAAGGGCAGCCGGCGGAAGGUGCGGGUCAAAGUGUACUUUCAGGAACAGGGCCAUGGUGACAGGUGGAACGUGGUAGAGAAGAAGGUGGACCUUAAGCGCAGUGGCUGGCACACCUUCCCCCUCACUGAGGCCAUACAGGCCCUGUUUGAGCGUGGCGAGCGGCGCCUCAACCUGGAUGUGCAGUGUGACAGCUGCCAGGAGCUGGCCGUGGUGCCCGUGUUUGUCGACCCUGGGGAGGAGUCACACCGGCCCUUUGUGGUGGUGCAGGCUCGGCUGGGUGACAGCAGGCACCGCAUUCGCAAGCGAGGCCUGGAGUGCGAUGGCCGGACCAGCCUCUGUUGCAGGCAACAGUUCUUCAUUGACUUCCGGCUCAUUGGCUGGAACGACUGGAUCAUUGCACCCACCGGCUACUAUGGGAACUACUGUGAGGGCAGCUGCCCAGCCUACCUGGCGGGGGUCCCUGGCUCAGCCUCCUCCUUCCACACAGCUGUGGUGAAUCAGUACCGCAUGCGUGGCCUGAACCCUGGGCCUGUGAACUCCUGCUGCAUCCCCACCAAGCUGAGCUCUAUGUCCAUGCUCUACUUCGAUGAUGAAUACAACAUUGUCAAGCGGGACGUGCCCAACAUGAUCGUGGAGGAGUGCGGCUGCGCCUGACAGUAGCGGCUGGGGGCCUGGCAGCUGCAGGGUGGAGAUCAACCAGUCAAACCCAGAGGGAGAACCUCCUCGAUUGACAUGAGAGGCUCAAAUGCACACAUAGACAUGCACAGCCAGACCCGCCCCACCACCUCCACCGCAGCCUCCAGGAUACCAGCAAAUGGAUAUGGUGACAAAUGGCAUCUUAGCUACUAAGGCCUGUCAGUUGGAGAGAAUGGGGUGAGCAGCCUCCAUUCCCACCAGCUGGCCUGGCCACUCUGAAUCGCGCCUUCUGAGCACAUAUAAAAGCACAAAGACAAGAGACAGAGAGAGAGAGAGAGAGAGAGAAAGAGAGAGAGAGAGAGAGCGGGAGUACAAGCCACUGACUGAGAGGAAAGCAGAGUGGGGAGCUGGGCAGGCCAGGGCUCAGUGCCCUCUGAUUUGUACCAGGCCUGCCCCUCCUCAGCAGCUCCUAGUGCAGUGGUGUGCGUUCACUCCCGCACUUGGCAUUCUCUACACUGCCAAGCCAGGGGAGCUGUGCUUCUGAGCCCUCAGAGAGGGAAGUCUGCUCCGGAGGGACUUGACCUGUCAGACACCAUGGAGCCGGAGCAAUGACUCUUUGACUAUCACUUGGGUUCCUGACAUGGGUGUGUGUGUGUGUGUGUGUGUGUGUGUGUGUGUGUGUGUGUGUGUGUGUGUGUGUGUGUGUGUGUGUGUGUGUGUGUGUGUGUGUAGGGGAGAGGAGAGGGGUCUUAAUUUGAUGCUUUAACUCACCUCCAAUAGUUGACAAGUCAUUCAUACCAAUUGUAGAACUGAAAAGAGACUUUUUUUUAUAUCAGGUAUGACCUUUAAAAUGAAAAUCUGAAUUGUUUCAAGUGAGAAGAAAAAGAAAACAGUGGUGGUUGGUCGGUGCCCUUUGCUGGGAACGUUGCUCUGGGGCUGGUUGGAAGAGGGGUAGGGAUGACCACCAGACAAGGG